UUUAAGGACAUAAGAAAUAAUUUCAAAGAUAAGAAACCGUUGUGUGUAUAUGUCACUGAAGAUCAAAGAAAAGAGCUGCUUUAUGCAUUAAAAACCAAAUGGGAAAAAACUAUCAAAAAGUUUCAAUGCCUGCCAUUCCUUGUUGAUUCGGUUGCAAAAAUAAGAAGGAAAACCAGUUUAGAAGAAAAGCUCAAACAACUGGAAGAGAAUAUAAAUGAAUUAGACAGACAUCCUUACAUUUAUGUUUAUGAUGAUAAUAAUUCCGUUCGUUAA